AUGCCAGCACGGACAAUUGAAUUCCACCCGGGUGAGGUCGCCCUCCACGACCUCCUCAAAAUACCAAGCCGAUCUAACCCUACCGCCGCCGGCCUCCCGCCGUCAUACGGCGCCCGCAUCGCCGCAUCGCCGCUCGUGGCCCUCGGCACACUCGACACGAAAGGCCGGCCGUGGACAACGCUCUGGGGCGGCGAGAGGGGCGCUGUGGCACGACCAAUCGCGGAGGACGUGCUGGGCGUCCGGGGCCUGGUCGAUGUCACUGACGACCCUGUCCUCUCCGCGCUCUGGGGCUUGAGCGGAGAAGGGAAAGGCUUGAAGGAGGGAGUCGUGCAGCCCGGACUAGAAGCGGACGGGGGAAAGCUUAUAUCGGGAUUGGGGUUUGACCUGAUGACGCGGGACCGGGUGAAGUUCGCGGGUCGGAUGGUUGCCGGGGCCGUGGAGGGUGGGGAGGUACAGAUGGCGGUCCAGGUGGAAGAGAGUUUGGGAAACUGCCCAAAGUAUGUGAACAAAAAGGAUGUCACCGCCAGAGGCUCGAUCGAGAAGGGUAGGGUCGAGAGGGGAUUGCCGCUGGGCGAGGGGGCGCUCGAGCUCGUCAGACGGGCGGAUAUGAUGUUCCUGACCAGCGCGCACGAUGCGAGUAUGGACACGAACCAUCGUGGAGGAUCGAGGGGCUUCGUGAGGGUUGUAAGCAACGACGAGGGUGGGGUGGAAAUCAUCUAUCCCGAAUAUUCUGGCAAUAGGUUAUAUCAGACGCUAGGCAACCUUAAGCUGAACCCCUUGGUCGGUAUCGCGAUCCCAGACUUUGAGACGUCUGACGUCCUCUACCUCACAGGGUCGGCGUUGAUCCUCGUCGGGCAGGACGCCGCCGCCUAUCUCCCACACACGAAGCUCGCUGUCAAGAUUACGGUGUCGGCGGCCGUCUUCGUCGAGACCGGGCUGCCGUUUGCCGGCACGCCCCUGGAAGCGUCGCCAUACAACCCUCCCGUACGGCGGUUGCUCAGCGAGCAGCAUCACUCGCUGUCAUCCGAAUCACAAGCCGAAAGGAAGGCAACCUUGGUCAGUCGUGAGGCGAUCACGCCGACGAUGGCGCGCUUCGUCUUCCGGCUGGAGCCCGGUGCGAAGUGGGAGGCCGGUCAGUACGUCACCCUCGACUUCUCCGAGGAGCUGGACGCGGGCUACAGCCACAUGCGCGACGACGAGCCCCAGAGCCUGAACGACGAUUACGUGAGGACGUUCACCGUCUCUAGCCCGCCGGGAAACGGAGAAGAGUUUGAGAUCACGGCGAGACGGAAGGGGCUUGUCACGGGUAUGCUGUGGAGGUGGAACGUGAAGGUCCCGCUCGAGGUCCCCGUGCUGGGUUUCGGCGGUGAAGAGGCGUUCAGGUUGGGACGAUGGGAAGGGGACGGAGUGGAGGAGGUGUUUGUGGCGGCGGGCGUCGGGAUCACGCCCGUGCUCGCGCAGGCUAGUGGUGUGCUAGCGGCGGGGAGCAGGCUGAAGGUGCUCUGGAGCGUUAGAGCCCAGGAUUUGAAGCUGGUGAAGGAGGUAUGUGGGAGGGUGGAUGGGUUAGGUGGUGUGUUGAAGGUGUUCGUUACGGGCCUAGGUGGGGGGGCAGAGGAAGAGGAGGAGGAGGAGGAGGCUAUCAAGGAGAUUGUGGGCCUCGGGGUUACGGCCGAGCGACGGAGGAUACGGGAGGAAGACGUGAAGGAAGGAGCUGGAAAGAAGAAGUUCUUUCUGUGCACGGGGCCGGAGAUGGCGCGCGUCCUGGAGGGGUGGCUGGAGGGGGAGGAGGUUGUCGGGGAGAUUUUCUUAUUUUGA